AGGUCGCAGGUGGCUUGUACCGCUCCGCUUCGCGUAUUGAUACUGUUAGUGCUUUCCUAGGCGCUUAUAUGAACUUGGGUCCGUGAGGAAUCCUUCGACUUCAUCAUCCCUACUCCCACCACCUCCCUCAGAUCGUUUCCUUCCUUGCUUUCGCGUCCUCUUCACACCACACACAAUCAUGGGGCGCAAGCGCUUAAGAAGAGCAGUUGAAGGAGACUUUGACUCCGAGUCCUUUUACACUUUCCACAACACAGCGAUGGCAAACUUAUCAUUAUCGUCGGGGAUAUACCAGGACACGGCUGGCGCGAUAAAUAUGACCUUGGAAGGCUCUCUCUCCUCUGAGAACUGGCAAAUAUAUUAUCAGCAAGGACGGUACUUCAUCCGGAAUUAUGACUAUGGGGAUUACCAGCUCGCGCUCACGGAAUCAUCGCGGUCGGUGCCAAAAUUGAUGAAGAGGAGCGGAGAGUUGGGGCAUCAGUGGACGCUCACGAGAAAGGAUGGCGACGGCUGGCAGCUAAGCAACGGAUUGUUGGGGAAUGGGAGCUUGCUAUGCCUGAACCAAGCGUAUACCGGGACCGUGCCUGGGAUGCAACCCAGUGAGGCUGGAGCGAAUUGGGAGAUUCUGAUUAAUCCGAGUGCGGGGAGUCCGAAGGGGAGCGAUUUGUAUAGGGAUGUGGAGGGCUUCGAAGUGCGUAUUACGGAGAGGAAAUGAUGUGGGGAGGUUGUGAAAUGGGACACUGACUGGCAGUAUAGGUCGCGCCAUCCUCGAUAUCUUCAUCAGCCACACCCUUAGCAACCGUUACCUCCAUUUCGUCAAGCUCAACCCCGAACGCUUCCGCGACGUCAACAGCAUCCUCACAAUCUCCCCUCGUCGAAUCCUCACCAGCGCCAGACUCCGGCUCCUCGUCCCUUAGCGCCGGCGCAAUAGCCGGCAUCGCC